AUGUCUGCUAAUUCGAACAUCAUCUCUGUGACCAGAGAAUCGACGAUUGUGCAUCCUAUUGUAGUACAAUUUAUAGGUCGACUUGGCGCUCAGGCGAGUGGUUCUGUGGAAUAUUAUGUGCCUAACGAACGUCGCAACGCACUUGGUUUCGUUUGCCAUGAGACCACGAUUUCGACAUCUGGUCUUGAUAGAGCCUCCCCGUCCAAUACCGCCAUCCUCUUGAUCUCCCCUCAAGACGCCAUCAAAAAACUUCAACAGGGCGAUGUGUACACCAUUAGUUAUCCUCAAGAGUCUAAGAAAUGGUGUCAUAUGACUCCUCGCAAGAUCAAAAUAUGGGUUGAUGCAAUUAUACUAGCUCGUCAAGAAGAUCGCACCGAUGUUGAUUUAUGGACUCCUCCUAAGUUACCAGCUUUCAAGACCUUCCUCAAUGGACAGCUUCCUCCAGGGUAUCUCGAGUUUCCAGACAAUCCCCCACCGGUCGGAUUCAUGGCUGCUGCUCCUGCACCUCUGCCACAACAACCAAUCCCAUCAGCUACCCCAGCUCAACUACACAAUGACCGUAUCUAUCAACACAAAUACUCUGGAGAUAUGGAAGACUUUCUCAAUUAUGCUGAAUUUCCUGAAAGUGAUCAUACUUUGAGGACAAGGUUAAGCAAUGCUCAUUACACUCGUUGGAGUGAGCUCAAGCCAAGUGAUGAUAUGAACAGUCAAGAAUUAAAAGUGAUUGGCAUAGCUCGAGGUGAUGCAAACCAUCUCCUUGCAAGUGCAGUUUGGUACAAGGAAUUUUUACUUGCAAAGCUUGCAAAGAUUGAUGCGCAACAGCUUUGA